AUGAACAGCGUUCUGGAAAAGAAUUCCUCUUCCGUGAGGAAGCGCAUCGAAAACCACACCUUUGAGGAUGAAGAAGGCGAAGAGUAUGAGGGCAGCGAGUUCAAUGGCUUUGGCGACUACUUCCGGCGCAAAAAGAUCAAGCUCCAGAAUCUGGAUGCCGACAUACGCGCGGCAUCCGAUAAGCCGCCGAUAUUCAAGGGGGUAGUUGCUCAUGUGAAUGGCUACACUCAGCCGCCCCUACAAGUCAUUCACCACGAAAUUGUUCAGCAUGGCGGUGGCUUUCUCCAGUAUCUGGACUCGAAAACCAUGGCCACGCACAUCAUCACAGCGACCCUGACCCCGAAGAAGGCCAUCGAGUUUAGCCGGUACAGGAUCGUGAAGCCCGCAUGGGUUGUCGAUUCAGUAAAAGCCGGUAAACUAUUGCCCUGGACGGACUACAGAGUAUCGAGCGAAAGCCCUAGCCAGAAGGUCUUGAAGUUUGAUAGCGACAAAGGACUUACUCAGGCCAGCCCGGCGGCCAGGAGGGGAUACAGGGAGCAGACGGAAAACAGCUUCUACACGAGUCAGAUUAAAGCUGCAACUCAGGGUCAGGGGGUCAUUCAGCUGCCAGAGCAGUCUGUCUCGUCUAGCCGAUGGCAAAACGACAUUUCAGAGAUCCUGCCGCAAGGCGCGGAGACCGCCGCCAUAGCCGCAAUUGAAGGACAUUCGACAGUUGAUUUGGACGACGAGGAUUUUGAGAACGAAAUCAUCAACUUCGAGCAGCAUGCAGCGGCCCAGUCGAUCGGCCAGGCAGACACGUCGGAAUCGCCGUCUAAGCAGAUGACAUCGGAAGAGCAUAACGCUUGGCUCUUGUCGGAUCCAAGGAUAAGAAAGUCAUCUACCGCAAAUCCCGACUUUCUCAAGCAAUUUUAUUCGGAGAGCAGGCUGCAUCAUCUCUCGACAUGGAAGGCCAACUUGAAAUCGUCGAUGCAACGACUAGCGGCCGAAAAAGGACUCUCAAACAGAAAGACCAAGAGCCGGCCGGGCUUGAGGAAGUAUAUUAUGCACGUGGACUUUGACGGUUUCUUCUGCACAGUAUCCUUGAAGCGUCACCCUGAAUAUGUGGACAAGCCCUGUGUCGUCGCUCACAGCACGGGUGCUGGAUCAGAAAUCGCGAGCUGCAAUUACGUUGCUCGGAAAUCCGGGGUCAAGAAUGGCAUGUGGAUGAAGAGAGCUCUCGAACUUUGUCCAGAUAUCAAAGUUCUGCCCUACGAUUUCCCCGCAUACGAAGAGGUCAGUCGGCAGUUCUACGAGGCCAUUAUGGAAACGGGUGGCAUUGUACAGAGCGUAAGCGUCGACGAGGCCUUGGUGGAUGUCACAGAUGUCGUGCUUGCGGCAGCGCAAUCACAUGGUGUUGGAGUUAGUGAGGGCAGUCUAUGGAGAGAGCAGGCAAAGGUCGACGAGAUGGCGCUGGCCUUGCGCAACAAGAUCAAAGAACAAACCAACUGUUCCGUCUCAGUCGGCAUCGGCGCAAACAUUCUGCAGGCCAAGAUUGCUCUGAGGAAGGCAAAACCUGACGGACAGUUUCAACUGCGACCCGAGCAAGUCUUGGAAGUCAUCGGCGAACUCAAGGUGGAAGAGUUGCCAGGAGUGGCGUACAGUAUCGGUGGAAAACUGGAAGAUUUGGGCGUCAAACUCGUCAAGGAUCUCAGGGAUAUCUCCAAAGACCGCCUCGUUGCAGCCUUGGGUCCCAAGACCAGUGAGAAACUGCAUGACUACGCCCGCGGAAUCGAUCGAACGGAAGUUGGAGAGCAGCCUCCCAGAAAGUCCGUGUCGGCAGAGGUCAACUGGGGGAUCCGCUUCAUCAGCCAAGCAGAAGCCGAAGAGUUUGUCUACAAUCUCUGCAGAGAAUUGGAGAAGCGUUUGGUGAAUGAGCAAGUCAAGGGAAAGCACCUCACGGUGAAAAUCAUGAGGCGCUCUCUCGAUGCCCCUCUUGACCCGACGAAACAUCUGGGGCAUGGAAAAUGUGAUACUUUCAACAAAAGCUCGGCCUUUGGUGUUGCGACACAUGAUUAUCAGACCAUUGGCAAGGAAGCAGUUUCCAUACUGCGUUCGUUCAAAUUCAGCCCCGGAGAUCUUCGUGGAAUUGGCGUCCAGAUGACAAAGUUGGAGCCCAUCAAGCUGAAUCCCCUCGCCGUAGACGGCAGCCAGAGGAGGAUAGCAUUUGCUCCAUAUUCAGGCAACGAGAAGAAUGCAGGGAUGGAUGGGUCAGAACUUAAAGCUCGAAGCGAUGAGCCUGUCACACCUCAGAAAGCCAAGCCAGCACAAGACUUCAGUGCACCUGAUUCAGGUGGUUCGAGAAAUGCAAAUACUCCACGCAAGGUCUCAGGCACCCAUUUCUUGCUACCGAGCAGCCCUGAUUCUGCGGUCUUGGCUGAGCUACCUCAAGACAUUCGUGCCAGGCUUAUGGUCCAGCGUUCCAAGGGAGAUGCCUCCGAGCCUCAGAGGAAGGCUCCUAAGUCAAGAUCGCAGAGUCCCAUAGGAGCGGACUUACUGUCCUCCCAGGUCGAUUUGGAGGUGUUCAAUGCCCUACCAGAUGAUAUGAAAGCUGAGGUGCUGGCGCUUUACGGACGAAAGCCGGCAGCGCCGCUACCACAACCCUCGCCUCGAAAACCCGAAACGACCCGAUCCAGGAGGCCAGCAACUCCAACGAAACCCAGCGCGGCCCGUGGGCUUUUUGGCAAAUUGUCUCGCCAGCGAGAUGCUCAAGCGGGAGUUAUUCAGACCAACUUUCGGAGGCCAACGUCCGCAGCGGGUCAGCCCGAAGGGGUUGAAGAAUUGGAUCCUGAUUUUCUAGCAGAGCUCCCAGAAGAUGUCAGAAAAGAAGUAAUUGCCGAUCACAGACGGCGGGUGCUUGCAAUGCAGUCAGGAUUAGAGGCGCCAGUUACGAGAAGCCAUCAAGAAAGGAAUGUGCUUCCCGGGGGACAAAAGACGAUUGAGUUCCCCAUGCUGCCGCCGGUUAUCGCCUUUUCUGGAUCUGUCACUUCUGCCUCGGAGAUCAAGGACAUGAUUGAUGCGUGGCAUGCGCAGACCAGAAAGGCCGGGCCACAUAAGAGAGAUGUCGAUGUUUUGGAAAGAUACUUGGUCAAAGUGAUCAAAGAGGAACGAGAUCUGAAUAAGGCCGUUAUGUUGGCCAAGUGGCUGGAUGUUGUGGUUGGUCAGGACGGUGUCGAUAGCAGAGGCAGUCGAGCUUGGAAACUGGCUGUAAAUGGCAUCAAGGCGGCGAUGCAGUCUGCUGUAGAAGAAAGGGGCUUGGCGCCCUUGCAGAUCUAG